CUAGGACGGGGUUUUUGGAGAACUCCCGAGCUCAGCAUCAGCUUUAAAACUCCUUUGAGAUCAGUUUCUGAACCUUCAGCAGAUAUUUUGUUGCUGCAGAUGCAAAUUUCAAAGCGGUGCAAGCUGGAAACGAUCCACCAGGAAAAGGAAUGUGCAGUCAUUGAGCUGAGUUUCCCUCACAGCUCAGAUUUCACUUGGAAAUGUGGUUUUUUCUCCUGAGGUUAACAGGAUCCAAAGAAAGCUUGAAAAAGCUUGGGAUGAUUUUUUGUGUGAAAAAAAAAAAGCACUGGAAAAGCAGAACCCAUUGACCUGAGUGCCAUCAAAACACAAAACAAAAAUACCCUAAAAAUGCGGAUUUUUCCCAUCUUAAAGAGCCAAGGAUAAAACAACAAUUUUGAAAAGCUGUAAGCUUCAAUUCUAAUACAAAAUGAUACCAAAAUAUCCCAAAAUUCUGAAUUCUUGGGGCCAAACUGUCGAGCAUCCCUUGAGCGUGGUCCCAGAUUUCUGAAUUCUGAAUUCAGCUGUCGGGCAUCCAUUGAGUGUGGCAAACAGGGAUCACACCGCAGGGGUGCAGAUGGGAUUGGUUUUGAACAGUGAAUCCCCAGCACCUCGGCAGGGCUGGAGCUCCUUGGGGCAAAAACAAGAGGAGCCAUGUGGUUUAUCCCGCACCGGUGGGGGGUGAUGCUGAUGGAUCCGUGCUCCCUGUGUCCCUGCAGUGCUGGGGGCCGAGCCCAGCCCGCAGUGAGCAGCCGGGAAAUCCCCCAAGGUGCCGGGCAUGGCCGGGGGACGCCGGGGUCCCAACAGGAGCUCCUACUGCCGGAACCCCCUGUGCGAGCCCGGGGCCGCCGGCGCCGCCGCGCACUCCUCGGGCUCCUCGGUGAGCGGCGUGCGCUCCCGGACCAGGAGUGGCUCAGGGACAGGCCUGUCCAGCCCCCCCCUGGCAGCUCAGACAGUCGUUCCCCUGCGGCACUGCAAGAUCCCCGAGCUGCCCGUGGAGAGGAGCGUCCUGUUCGAGCUGCAGCUCUUCUUCUGCCACCUGGUCGCCCUCUUCGUGCACUACAUCAACAUCUACAAGACAGUGUGGUGGUACCCACCCUCCCACCCUCCUUCUCACACCUCCCUGAACUUUCACCUCAUCGACUUCAACGUGCUGACGGUGACAACCAUCGUCCUGGCACGGCGCCUCAUCGGCGCUGUCGUCAAGGAGGCUUCCCAGAGUGGCAAAGUCUCCCUGGCACGCUCCAUCUUCCUGGUGGUCACUCGCUUCGCCGUGCUCACGGGCACGGGCUGGAGUUUGUGUCGCUCCAUCAUCCACCUGUUCAGGACCUACUCAUUCCUCAACCUCCUGUUCCUCUGCUACCCGUUUGGGAUGUACAUCCCCUUCCUCCAGCUGAACUGUGACUUCAGGAAGGCAGGGCUCUUCGCCCAGGUGGCCAACAUUGGCCCCAGGGACACGGGGGAGGUGACAAACCGGGGCAGGGACUACCUGACAGUGCUGAAGGAGACCUGGAAGCAGCACACGAGGCAGAUGUACGGCAUGGAGGCCAUGCCCAGCCACGCCUGCUGCCUGUCCCCCGACCUCAUCCGCAACGAGGUGGAAUUCCUGAAAAUGGACUUCAACUGGCGCAUGAAGGAGGUGCUGGUGAGCUCCAUGCUCAGUGCCUACUACGUGGCCUUCGUGCCCGUGUGGUUUGUCAAGAACACCCAGUACUACGACAAACGCUGGUCCUGUGAGCUCUUCCUGCUGGUUUCCAUCAGCACCUCGGUGAUCCUCAUGCAGUACCUGCUCCCUGCUCGCUACUGUGACCUGCUGCACAAGGCUGCAGCACACCUGGGCUGCUGGCAGAAGGUGGAUCCAGCCCUCUGCUCCAACGUGCUGCAGCACCAGUGGACUGAGGAGUGCAUGUGGCCUCAGGGGGUGCUGGUGAAGCACAGCAAGAACGUUUACAAGGCCGUGGGUCACUACAACGUGGCCGUGCCCUCGGACGUCUCGCACUUCCGAUUCCACUUCUUUUUCAGCAAACCACUGCGAAUCCUCAACAUCCUGAUCCUGCUGGAAGGAGCUGUCAUCUUCUACCAGCUCUACUCACUGAUUUCCUCAGAGAAGUGGCACCAGACCAUCUCUCUGGCUCUGAUCCUCUUCAGCAACUACUACGCCUUCUUCAAGCUGCUGCGGGACCGCCUGGUGCUGGGCAAAGCCUAUUCCUAUGCUGCCAGCAGGGACUCAGAGCAGAAGUUAAAUUAAAACAAUUGCACUGCUGCUCUCAGCCUGUUACAGAACAAACAAAAACCAGAAACCCUCAGAGCUUUGUAUUUUUGUUACCACUGCUUUUUUUUGUUGUUGUUGUCGUUUUCUUUGAUAACUGAUGUAAUUAAAAGGAAGAGAAAAAAAAAAACAU